AUGUCCGGCGACAAGGUGACCGUCUCUGGCACUCUCUCUCCGCACGAAACGACGCGAACGACGCGCACCACGACUUACAGUGUACGUACAGCCCCCUGCGUGGUGGUGGGGAGCACUUGGCAGCAGCAGCAGCAGCAGCAGCAGCAGCAGCAGCAGCAGCAGCAGGGAGAAGCCGCGAUGCAGCAGCAGCAGCAGCAAGAGGGCUUCGGCUCCGUCGAGGAGCUCAAGAAGUACAUCGAAGAAACCCGAAAUAAACUCCUCGAAGACCCCAGGACUAAGCAGAUGAUCGACAGGGGAGAGGCCACCUGGGAUGAAGUGAAGGCCUACAUAAGAGAACACGCGCCCCAGCGCUUAGUUGCCAGCGGCCCCAUGUCGACAACUUCCAGCUAUUCUUAUUCAGCGGGCGUGUGGUACCCCUUGACCCCGGGGGGCUGCUUCACUGCAGCGCCAAACACAGUCUUCGAAGUUGCUGCUGCUAAGAAGCAGCAGCAGCAGCAGCAGCAGCAGCAGCAGCAGCAGCAAAUAAACUUGGGGGCGGGCAUAUGGUACCCCUUGACGCCCGGGGGCUGCUUCACUGCAGCGCCCAACACAGUCUUCGAAGUUGCUGCAGCUAAGAAGCAGCAGCAGCAGCAGCAGCAGCAGCAGCAGCAGCAGCAAAUAAACUUGCGGCCGCAGUGCGACAUUUCCUUCGACUCCAAAUCUUCGCAAAUCAUUUUCGCCCUCGACCUUCCCGGCUUCCUCAAGCAGGACGUCCAGGUGGAGGUGGAGAACAGAUGCAUCACCAUCUCAG